AUGCUCGUUACGGGAGCCAUCGCCACCCCACAUGCGCUCGAGGCGGCGCGGAUCGAGCUGGCGACGCUCUCGUCGGCGCUGCAGAACAAGUCGGAAGUUAUUGCAGCCCGCGAGGCUCAGCUUGAGACGCGCGAGGCCGAUGUAUCUCGCCGCGAGGCUGACCUCCACCAACGGAUCCUUGAUCUGCGCCAGGGCGAGGACGAGGUCCUCCGCGGCGCGCGCAUGGUCGCCAACGCGCAAGCUGAGGCCGAUGCCCAGGUGGUCGAGGUUGAGGCUGAGUUUAAGAUGGUGCUGGGUAGGACCCGCGCCCGUCUCGCGAGUGUGGAGGAGGAGUUGGUCCGGGUUCGGGCGCUGGCCAGCAAGCUGAAACGGGCCAAGGCCGAGGCCGAGGAAAAGGCCGCCAAGCAGCUGGCCGCCACCUCAGAGUCGGAGGCCAAGCUCUCAGCCGCUCGCAAGCGUAUCGCCAAGCUUGAGCACAAGCUGAUGCUGACCAAGACCUCUCCAUCGGUGCACUCGCCGCCGUCGGCGUCUCCUGGCCCGACGCCUCCGUCGCCGACACCCGCUUCGCCGUCCAAGCCAUCAAGCGCUACAAAGGCGGCAAGGGCGGCGUACGCGCUGUCGGCGGCGCUGAUGACUGUGGCCACGGCGGCACUGGCCGGCGAGCGUGUUCCGCGCGCCCAGCUGGUCGGCUUGGCUCCACUGCUCGCGCCUGCGGUCCGUCUCACCGCCUCGCGGCCGGCCGACGACCAAGCUGCGCUGCUCCAAAUGGUGCUUGCCGUCGAGCGGGCGGCGCUCUCAUCUGAUGCCAAGGCGCCGUACUCGGUCCGCAAGCUCGGCGACGACGUCUUUGCCGCGCCGCGCAACAGCUACCUCGCCGCGCUCGAGCCCGAGGUCCAGGCGCUUGCCGCGCUCGCUGUCAUCGGCGCACGCGGCGGCGUCGACAAGGUCUCGGGCGCACUCAACGUCUUGCGCUCGCUUGUCCAGCGCGACUCUGUCCGUGCGAUCCUGCACCAGCACGCUGCGCCGUCGCUGUUCCUCGCCGCGCUGAGCGGCGCAGCGACCGGCCGUGCCGUCUGCCCUCUCUGGUCGCCACUCGCCGCCGUCCUCCUCUCGCUCGUCUCUGCCGACACCGCCUUUGCCGCCGCCCUCGCCACCCCCGAGUGGAUGGACGCUCUCGCGACCGCUGUCCCCGUCAUCGAUCCGCAGGAUCUCGACUCGCUCUCGGUCGUCAUCCAGAACAUCGCUGCCACACCCGCAGGCGCAACCGCCUUUGCCGCCUCCACCCUCAAGCCCGCCCUCCUCGAACUCCGCCGACACGGCACCCUCUCUGACUUUGCCGGCAUGAACAUCGACGCCGCUCUUGCUGCAUCAACGCCCGCACCCCGCUAAACCCAUGAACUCCCC